AUGAACGGGUCCCACACACAUAAACACAAAUGCCUUACUUUAAUUAUUGCAUUGGCUUUUGGUUGGGGGGAGGCUUUUUUGAUAAAUUAUAUGUAUAUAUUGUCUGCGGGCGGAUAUUUAUUUAAUUAUUUUCUGUGUGUGGCUGGUUGGUUUGGUUGGUCAUUUUUCUUGUUGGAACAAUGUUUGAACGUGUUGGAGAAGAAAAGAAGAAGAAGAUGAUUAUUGCUGCCUUUUUUCGAUAUUUUUAUUUUUUAUUAUAUUUUCU